AUGCUGCUUUCUCCUCAGGCGGAGAGGAACUGGGAGGAGCUCUGUCUCAUGCUGGAGGACGUUCUGGAGGAGCAGUCACACAGGCAGCUGUUCGGCCUGGAGCUGGGCUCCGGAACCGGGCAGCACGUCAUCCGCUUCGCCCAGAGGCUGCCCUUCGUCACCUGGCAGCCGUCGGACAUCAAGGAGGAGUCCCGGGAGAGUAUCAAGGCGUAUGUUGCUGCGACACACGCCAAGACCGUGCUGCCGCCAGUUCACCUGGACGCCAGCGAACCGUGGGAGAAAUGGGCCGGACUGAGUCUCAGCUGCUGCGAUGUGAUUGUUGCCAUCAACCUGCUGCAGUACAGCUCCUUCAAAACAGCACAGGGGGUUUUCAGUGGAGCCGGGAAGAUCCUCAAACAAAACGGCCUCCUGCUGACAUACGGGGUCUAUGCUAUGAAUGGCAUCAUUGCUCCCAGCUGCAAUGAACAUCUGGAUGAGGAGAUUCGGAAAAUAAAUCCAGAGUGGGGUCUCCCGGACGUGGACGUGCUCAGGCAGCUGGCCUUCAGUAACGGGAUGCGCAUGGAGAGGAUAAUUGAGAUGGAGAAUUACUACAGAUGCCUCAUCUUCAGAAAACUUGAAGUCAAAUCACAUCAAGGAGAUUCAUGA